AUGGCCUUGUCGACGGAGCAGAGCCAAAUAAGAUUCUUAGCCAUCGUGCUGCCUGCCCUCACACUCUGCACGCACACACUGCUCGCGCUCUCCUUUUUACUACCCGGUUCCGACCUCGAUCGCGCAUCUUUCUCCGUCACAUACAAUGUACUUGCCGGCAGCGCAAGCAUAUUAGGCCUGUUGGGCGCCAUAAGGUUAAUACCACGCCUUGUGUCAGCUUACACCAUUGUCCACGCGACCACGCUCUCCUUUGUAACCAUCGCUCUCGUAAACCUAAUCCUUCCCUUCGACUUCCGGUUGCUAAACCCGGUAAUUCCGAGCUAUGCCGUUGACGGAUCGUCGAUAUGCCGCGAUAUUGAUGCUGGUUUUGGGUGGGACGACGAGUGGUUGGAGAAGUGCUCGGCGGCUUUUGUGAUUGUCAAGUUUGGGAUUGCCUGCUUGGGGUUGAUUUUGAUGAUCGCCCAAUGGUGGGCUUUGGCCAGCGUCCGGAGAUGGGGACAAGAGUUGGGAUGCCAGUGGCAGAUUGGAGCGAUGGACGUGGAAAAGGCUGGCCUUGUACAGGAGGGGGAUGAUAUGACCUAUGACGAAAAGACUGGUUUUUAA